UUCAGGGAGAUCUUCGUCAAUCACCACCCGGACGUGAUCCUUACCUACAUGCGCGAGCCGCAUCGCAAGUUCGUGGAACGGAUCCAUCGCGAUUUUCCGGUCCAUGGCGCGGUCGCAUUCUACGAGGUUGCUGAGAUGCGCACUCGAGCCGAUCGCAUCGUGCAGACAACAGGGUUCUCGAAGACAUCCGAUGAUCUUCUGCGAGUGGUGCAAUCGGACAGCAAGGUGUCGAUCGCCUCGGACUCGGACGUGAUGGAUCGACUUCACGCCUUCUUCAUCGCUCUGGAGUACCUCAACAUUUGCGAUUUCACGAUCGAGGCGGGCCCCCUCAAGUACCUCUCGGAACUGGAAGAAUGGCGGCACGACAACCGUGGUCUCGCAGUACUCCUGGCGGCCGAUUCGCUCAUCCGUAAGAAGGAAGUGCUCACACACCACAAGCAGCUCUGGAACGAUGCUCGCUCGACUGCAGAACUUGAGAAGUUUCGUCAAGCUGAGCACGAGGUCUCCACUCCAACGAAGAGGCCGCGUUCACGUUCUCCGCCGGCUGCUCUUACACCGCCGAAGAAUGAAGCUCGGUCUCGCAAGAACAAAGCUCGCCGCGACAGAAACAAAGCCUUGCUCAAGAAGUUUCGGGAGGAGAACAAAGAGAAGGACCAGCAGCCGAAGUCCACCGUCAAGCUCACGGAGAAGGUGGAAAGAGAUCAACGCGUUCCAGAGAAGGAAUGGAAAAAGAUCAUGUCUUUCUCCUAUACAGUACAGGCGCUCGCAGAUGUCCUUUCUACAACUGUUCGCUGGGGUGUCGGUUCGGCGAUCAGCAAUUUUGCGGAUCCGCCUGUGGCUUUAUUUCCUGCGGCGACUGACGCUCUUCAAAAGGAGCCGACAGCUGCUCAGUUUUGCUCGCCUCCUCCAUGGGAGCGCUGGUCUGAGGUGCCUCGUGAUCCAGAUUUGGUCAAAGCUCUUGGUCCUUGGUGCCUCGAGAUUUUCUCUGGCUCAGCGGGCAUUUCUGCUCAAUGGCGACAACAAAAUCUCUUGGUGUUGCCGCCGAUCGACUUGACGCUUUCAGCUCACGUUCGAGAGUCAGUCGAUCUCCUGGAUUUCGUGAAGCUCCUGUGCAGGAUGGGGGCUGUGACCUUCUUGCAUCUCGGCACCCCGUGCUCUUCUUUCAGCAUAGCUCGCUCUCGACCUGGAGGCCCGCCGCCGCUUCGCUCCCGCACGGAGCCGCUGGGGUUCACCACAAGCUCGCAGGCUGGUCAAUGGCAGAUCACCCUUGCUAACGAGCUGCUCUUUCGCUCACUCGAGCUCUUCGCGGCUGUGGUCCCACAGGUGCAGCAGCUCAAGCUUCAGCCUCAUCUUUACAACGUGGAUCUGGACCAGUGCCAGUUCGGCUCCAGCUUUCGCAAGCCGACCCGCUUCCUGGUCAGUGACGCUCGCUUCUUGGCUUUGGCUCGUGCCUGUGACGGUUCUCACCAACAUGCUCCUCUCAAAGGUCGACUACGCUUGCCUUCGCGGGAGGUCGUGUUCAUGACAAGGCUCGCGCAGGAGUAUCCCAUAAAGCUGUGUGAGCUCUUUGCCGAGAUCACCCACUCGGUCGUCUUUGGCAUCUUUCCUCAGUUCAAGUCUUCCUUCGAGCUCAUCGCCCCCAAGACAGAUCGACAAGCGAAGGCUCGGCGAGGAGACUCCAUCUUACAGAACAUCAAGACGAUCGUCGGUGAACCACAUUGUCUUCAACAGCGUCGACACGAUCGUCUUGCAUUUUGGCGACAGCGUUCUCACGCUCUCUUGCCGGACACGGAUCGAGAACUCCGAAGCAUCGCAGAUCCGUCUUUGCGCCGUCUUCUCCUUGGAGUUCCUGACUACGUGGAUCUGCAGCUCGGUUCUUGCACUCACGUUAAGCUCUAUGACGAGCUCUUCGAGGCCGCAGGAUCCCCAGAUCCGCUCUUGCUCAAGGGCAUUCGCGACGGCUUCCCGAUCGUCGGCAACAUCGAACGAUCAGGAAGGUGGCCGCCGUUCUCCAAGCCACAACAACCGGUGCCAGUUCAGGAUGCUCUGGAUCGGGCCUGGGAGUUUCGUUCAAAAAUUUUCCGUCGUUGUAAUGCCGUUCCAGUCUCGGACAAUCUCAGGUCUCUCUGGAAAGCGACGAUGGAGGAUGUGCUCGAGGGCUCGACUGUCGGGCCUUUCGGUUCCGAGGACGAAGUGUCCGAGUUCUUGGGCUGCUCUGAUUGGAUCCCUACGCAGCGCUUCGAGGUAGUUGCGAAGAACAAAGUUCGAGGAUGCGAUAGCGCUACUUCCAACUUGAUCAACAAGACCGCGGUGAUCACCGAGAAGCUCCAGCUCGUGUCGACGGACCUCAACGUAGCAGUUCUGCGCGAGCUGUGGACACGCAGGGGCGAUCGCACUCUGGAUCCCGAGGAUGGCGUACCGAAAUAUUUCGUCAUGAUCGGGCACUCCUUCGGCUUGGUCGCGGCGGUCUACAACUACAAUCGCCGCUCGGCCUUCAUUAAUGACAUCUUAGUCAAGAUCUUCGAGAUGGUCGCUUUCAACUUCUAUGAUGCUAAGUAUGGGUUCGAGACAGAGCUCACCGCUCCUUCGGCAAAGAUCGCCGCGGAAACCGUGCAUUUCUUGCUGGAAGCUCUCUUUGACGAGAAGAAGUUGCAGCUCUCGGUUGCCCCGGUGAUCCUGGGCGUAACGUUCAACCUGCAACAGCUCGUCUUGGAGAUCAAGGAGCAGAGAAAGCAAGAGCUCCUUGACACGAUCGACUCCGUGCUCGAAUCCGGCAUCCUUGUCGGUCGUGCUUUCUUCCGACCACUCUCGGAGCGACGGUACAUGGAGGAUCUUCACGGCGAUCGCAUGGAUCUCAACCCGGCGAUCAUUCGAUCCUUGAAGUACUGGAGGAGGCUGAUUCAGUUCGGGCCGCCUCGUGAGAUCUCGCUUCGAUCCGAGAAGCCGUCAGAUGUGGUGAUCUUCACGGAUGGCUUCACCCCGGAUCAGCGGAAAGAGGAGAUGGGCCCCGAUCGGGUCGGUGCGGUCAUGUUUGAUCGCAGAGCUCCUACACCGAAGCAGUUCGCGGAGGUGAUCCCUCGCGAGAUCUCGGAGAAGUG